ACAGAAGUUGUCGACUCCUUGGCAUUGUAAGCCACUGUGAAAAUGAACACGAGACUCAAAGCCAUGCUCUCUCCACCUCUAAUGAGGCUCACACCCUUUAACUUAAAAUCGAUUAAACCCUUCUCUUCUCCUUCACAACAAUACUCUCCAUGGUCGGGUCUUCAGUCAUGGAGGGAUAGCCAGCUUAACAAGAACCGGUUUUGGGGACCCGAUGGCCCGGAACCUCAACCCUCCUCUACUGGCUUUGAGGACUUUCAUAUGGGCUCUGCUUCCUCUCUUGCGGAGCUUGGUGCUCUUGUGCUCUCCACCAGCGACCCUCUUGCCAAAUCCAAGCUCUCUCAUCUUGCCUUCUCCAGAUGGCGCAAUGAAAGGCUCCCGAUUGGGGUCUGCCAACCGCCCUCCAGGCCGGCCCGCCCAUCUAAGCCACAGCUGGUUUCACCAAAAGAAAUUCCAGCUCCCAAAGUCUCAGGUUUGUCUCUCAAUGCUUAUAUGCUCCAUAAUCUUGCGCAUGUGGAGCUAAAUGCGAUUGACUUAGCAUGGGAUACUGUUGUUCGGUUUUCGCCUUUGAGUGAGGUUCUUGGAGAGGGAUUCUUUGCUGAUUUUGCUCAUGUUGCUGAUGAUGAGAGUCGCCAUUUUGCUUGGUGCUCACAGAGGCUUGCGGAGCUCGGUUUUAAAUAUGGAGACAUGCCUGCUCAUAAUUUGCUUUGGAGGGAGUGUGAGAAAUCAUCUGACAAUGUAGCUGCACGUUUGGCUGUUAUCCCCCUAGUACAGGAGGCUCGAGGACUUGAUGCUGGGCCCCGGCUAGUACAAAAAUUGAUUGGCUUCGGUGAUCGUAGGACAUCUAGAAUUGUGGAAAGAAUUGCUGAUGAGGAAGUUGCACAUGUAGCCGUUGGAGUUUGCUGGUUUGUCUCAAUCUGUCAAAAAAUGGGUUGUAUCCCAUGCUCCACUUUCAAAGAUUUGUUACAAGAGUAUGAUGUGCAGUUGAAAGGACCUUUCAAUCAUUCGGCUCGAGAUGAAGCUGGCAUUCCGCGUGAUUGGUAUGAUGCAUCAUUCUCGAGUAAACAGAAUACGAAUGAGAGACAGGAUGCAAAUGAGAAGCUUUCACCUGUUUAUGAUAGGCUUGUUUCUAUCAUUUCGAUGGAGAGUGAGAACUCGAGUUUGAGGCCUCGUAGGUGAUGUCAACGUAAAUAGCUGAAACACGUUAUCAUCUUACUCCCAGUAAGCCCAAUACUAAGAAGAGAAUUCUCUGUUUGGUUGCUUCCUUCAUAAUCAAUGGCGAUCCAAGCAUGUUAACCAUAUACCAAAGGAAAAUCUUGAAGCCCAGAUGAGAAGAGGCUUCUGGCACCACCUGGCCUUACCUACCUGCAGUUUCAACUUCCUUUUCAACGAGUUCUAAGCCUGGUGAACCAUGUUGCACUCUGUUCACCGGGAGAACAUAUUGUUUAUAAUCUUUACAUUUGUAAAGACUAUUCCUUCCUUGUUCGGCUUAACACAGUCCAUCAAGUACCUUAAACGAUCCAGUUUUAUGGAAAUUCUUUAUUAUUGAUGGAUUUCUGAACUUGUAAGACAACUUUCAUGAAAAGCUGCAUCACUGAUCUUGGUAAAAUUUGGUUACUUGUUGCCUACUAUUCUCACCUGAUGUUAGUAUAAGUUUGAUCAAAUUUCAAUAUUUCUCUCAAUGAGAAUCAAUUUCAAGACAUUCUGAGUUCAUACGAAAAGAUUCACCGAAGUAGUUCACUUGUCCUGUGUUUGCUGAUGCAAAACUUAUGGUGCUGAUAUAAUCAAAGACUCAGAUUGCUUAGAUUAUCUAAAGACGAUUUUUGGUCUGGCUGCUGUCUAUCCAAACGACGAAAGUAAUCUCCCAAUUUUGAGCUUGCGUGGCAAAUCAUCCAUCCUACAGAGGAAGGACACGGCUACUUAGUUUAACUAGUACUAGUAUUUUAGAAAGUCCAAUGGUUUACUGGGGGGGCGUUUCGAACAUUCGGAUUGGAUCAUCUUGAUAAAAUGUUUUUUUUCUUUUUCUGGACUUGGAAGUCACAAGCUUUGCGUUGAAGCAAAAGACAGCGAACGAACGUGCGGUGUGUCCUUUUCAAUUAUAUAAUCAUCGGAGAGAAGCACUUAUCCGAAUAAGCCAUCACCAGCACGUACAAACCACCACUAUCACAUCCAAGAUAGAAGAAAGAUUCAAAGAAGGCAUUAUUGUGAAAAAGCGAUCAUGUGCUGUGGAGACGGAGAGUGUAGACCACUUGGGUUUCUUCUGGGACUCCCUUUUGCGUUUCUUUCUCUUCUGAUAUCCAUUGUUGGCGUCGUCAUCUGGAUUGUCGGUGGAGCUGGCUUUGGAGCUGAUCAAGGCACCCGUUCAUGUCAUGAAGUGGUUCACUUCUCAGAUCCCCUGUUGAUUCAUUCCCAUGGUCUCUCUGUUUAUUAGGGAUUUGGAUUUUAGCAUAUACUGUUGAUUAUCGUUACUCGCUAAUUUUGGGAAUCUUUUGGCUGUGAUUCUUCUGAAUAUCUUUCCCUGGUUGAUCUAUCAUUGUCUCUUUUCUGA